AUGGUACCGAUGUCGAACUACACACCUGUUUCUGAUUUUUACAACGGCAAAACAAUCUUCGUUACGGGCGGGACGGGUUUCCUGGGAAAGGUAUUAAUAGAGAAACUUUUAUACAGCUGCCCUGGCAUAAAUAAAAUUUAUAUGCUUGUACGUGAAAAGAGAAACUUGUCCGCAACAGAUAGGAUGAAAAAGUUCUUCGAUUGUCCAGUUUUCGACAGACUCAAAAAGGAGAAACCAGAAAAUUUGAAAAAAUUGAAACCUGUUAAUGGUGACUUAUCUCAACCUUGCCUUGGUAUUGACGCGAAGGAAUUACAAGUAAUUAAAGAUGAGGUUACUAUUGUAUUUCACCUCGCUGCAACUGUGAAGUUCAAUGAGCCACUGUCCAUAGCCAUGAAAAUCAACGUCGAAGGAACUGAACAAGUUAUUGACUUAUGUCACAAUUUAAAGAAAAUAGAGGUGUUCGUAUAUAUGUCAACAAUAUUUUCAAACACAGACGAUAAAUUGAAUUCCGUAGAAGAAAGACUAUACCGCAGUCCAAAAGAGCUCGAUGAAAUUUACAAAAUGAUAAGAGAAAAUGAUCCCAGAGAAGUUUUCAAUCCGGAAGUUUUGGAUGGUCGCCCAAACACAUAUACUUUCACUAAGGCAGUAGCUGAAAAUAUCGUGGCACAAAAACGUGGCAAUAUUCCAACAAUUAUGAUUCGUCCCUCAGUUGUUACACCAGCUAAAGAUGAGCCAGUGAGAGGUUGGGUAGCCAAUUGGAUGGGGCCAACUGCAACGCUUUUAUAUCUAUCCAGAGGAUGGAUCAGGGCACACUACGGAGAACACGACUUCACAUUCGAAAUUAUACCAGUCGACUAUGUCGUCAACCUUACUAUAAUUUCUGCUGCUAAAUUUAAAAGGUCAGAUGAUAUUCCAAUAUAUCAUUCAUGUACCAGUGCUCUUCAUCCCGUGACUUUUAAAGAAACUGCUUCUUAUUUAAUUAAAGAAAGUACCAAGAAAAAAUUAAUUGACAUACCUUUCCCUUGGAUAACAUUUACACGAUCAACAUGGCUUCUCGGUCUUAUAGCCUUCUUUAUGCAGCUGCUGCCAGCUUAUAUAGCAGAUUUAUAUUUAUUUAUUUGUGGACAUCCAACAAGGUACGUCAAAAUGUUGAAAAAGUACAAUCAAAAUAUGUCUGCACUUCAUUACUUUUCGUCAAGAACAUGGUACAUGACAGCGAAUCGUUCACAAGCCCUGAUAGACACACUAAGUGAUGAAGACCAAAAGAUAUUCCCUUGCAGUCCAGCUAACAUUGACUGGAGUGAAUAUAUGGCAACAUACUUACACGGAGUAUAUAGAUUUUUAUUAAAAUAA